AUGAAAGGAGGGAAUGGGAAAGUGGCUUACAUUGACACUGAAGGAACCUUCCGCCCUGAUCGUAUUGUCCCAAUUGCUGAAAGAUUUGGAAUGGAUCCAGGAGCCGUGCUUGACAAUAUCAUCUAUGCUCGUGCUUACACCUAUGAGCACCAGUACAACUUGCUUCUUGGCCUUGCUGCAAAAAUGUCCGAGGAACCAUUUAGAAUUCUGAUUGUUGACUCUAUCAUUGCUUUAUUCCGAGUUGAUUUCACUGGUAGAGGAGAACUCGCAGACCGUCAGCAAAAGCUAGCUCAGAUGCUCUCAAGGCUUAUCAAAAUCGCAGAGGAAUUCAAUGUCGCUGUCUACAUGACCAACCAAGUGAUAGCUGAUCCAGGCGGUGGAAUGUUCAUAUCAGACCCAAAGAAGCCAGCAGGUGGUCAUGUGCUUGCUCACGCAGCUACCAUCAGGCUCCUGUUCAGGAAAGGCAAAGGAGAACAACGUGUCUGCAAAGUCUACGAUGCUCCAAAUCUCCCUGAAGCCGAAGCAAUAUCCUUUACACAUUGA